UGCAGGGCGGCCGGGAUGGGGGCACUGCCGGGGCUCCUGGUGCUGCUGCUGGGGCUGGCGGCGUGCCCCGGUGCGCGGGGGGCCCGGCCCGCCGAGCCCCUCGCCGCGUGGGUGACGGUGCCGCGGCAGCUGAGCCCGCGGGCCGGCAGCGACGCCCCGGCCGUCACCUUCUGGCUGAAGGUGGCGGGGCGGCCGCGGGUGCUGCGCCUGCAGCCCCGGCGGGGCCUGAUCUCCCGGCCCUUCACACUGGUCACCUACGCCAAGGAUGGGGUCCGCCGGGAGGAGCACCCCUUCGUGCAGGACAACUGCUUCUACCAGGGCGAGGUGCUGGGGAGCCCUGGCUCCCUGGUGGCCCUCAGCACUUGUGACAGGGGCCUCCACGGCGUGCUCUGGGUGGAGGAUGAUACCUUCCAGAUCGAGCCCAUCCCCCAUGAUCCAGCCUUUCGGCACAUCAUCUACCGCAUGGAGGCCAACAACCCCAUGGGCCCCACCUGUGGACUGACCCCUGAGAUGCUGCAGCACCAAAAGGCUGUGCUGCCCUGGUUCAAGGCUCCAAAGGCAGAGGAGGAGAACGAGGAACUGAAGGAGUGGUGGACACACACCAGGUAUGUCAAGAUGGCAGUGAUUGUGGACAAUGUGCGCUUUGUGAAGUCAGGCAGGAAUGAAUCUGAAGUCUUGAGGCAAGUCAUGGAAGUCAUCAACAUUGGGGACAUUCUGUACAAGCAGCUUUCUGUCCGGCUGUUUCUAAUAGGAUUGGAGAUAUGGACCGAAAAGAACUUAAUAAAUAUUACUAAAUCUCUUGGCAAGGUACUUAGUGACUUUAACAAUUGGCGAAAGUCAAACCUGUCACCACGGAUGCGCCAUGAUGUUGCUCAUUUAUUUGCAUUUCAGAGGUUUGGAAGCACCUUGGGAUUGGCAUUUGUAGGGACAGUAUGUGAUAACCACUGGUCAUCAGCUGUUGCUUCCUUCACUGAGAAAAAGUUGUCCACCUUUUUUAUCACAUUUGUCCAUGAGCUGGGCCAUAAUCUUGGGAUGAUCCAUGAUAAACCAGACUGUAAAUGCAAACGAGAUAAAUGCAUUAUGUACGAAAGCAACGCUGACACUGAUGUGUUCAGUGACUGCAGUUACAAAUCCUACUUUGACCUGCUUGUACGUGGCGCCGACUGCCUUCGUCAACCACCAGAACCUGGCACUUUCUACACCUCGAAGCGUGAAUACUGUGGGAAUAAGAUACUAGAAAGCGGAGAGCAAUGUGACUGUGGUUCAGAAUCAGCCUGCAGAAAGGAUCCUUGUUGCCACCCAAACUGUACGCUUACUGUAGGUUCAGUCUGUGCAUCUGGAAAAUGCUGCAAGAACUGUAAGGUCCUUCCAGCAGGAACAGUGUGCAGAGAAAGUACUGGCACCUGUGACCUGCCAGAGUAUUGCAAUGGGAUUUCUCCUCAGUGUCCACUGGAUGUCUACCUACAAGAUGGAACCCCUUGCAAAGAUGAUACUUAUUGCUAUCAAGGAAAAUGUUCUUCCCACAGUAAACAGUGCCAGGAUCUCUUUGGCAAACAAGCCAGGGCUGCUUCUUUAGAUUGCUUCAAAGCAGUGAAUACUCAAGGUGACCGGUUUGGGAAUUGUGGUAUUCGCAACAAUAUCCAUUUUACAAAAUGCACUACUGAGAAUGUCUUAUGUGGUAGGAUUCAGUGUGAAAACAUAGUCAAAUUACCUCACUUGCAGAACCAUGUAACGCUACUCCAAACUCCUGUUGGAGAUAAAAAUUGUUGGGGUCUUGACUAUCACGUAGGGAUGCCAGGAGCUGACGUGGGAGCUGUGGAAGAUGGCACACCGUGUGGUAGUGAAAUGCUUUGUAUCAACAGGACAUGUAUUAAUGUAGCAUUGCUGAACUAUGACUGUAACGUGACAAAGUGUCAUGACAGAGGAGUGUGUAACAAUCGUAAGAACUGUCACUGCGAGUAUGGCUGGGCUCCUCCAUACUGUGAAUUCGAAGGAUUUGGAGGUAGCAUUGACAGUGGACCCCCUCCAGCCACGAAGACUUCUCACAGAGCAAAAGUAAGACUAAUACUACUUACUUUUUUUUGUCUCUGUUUCCUUGGAGUAAAGCUUACCAUGCAUUAUAGACAGGAAGUAGUGGGAUGGCUUAGGAGGAUAGAGGCCCAAUUCCACAGAAUACUGCAGUUAUUUCAAAGACUGAAAAAAAAAGAAGUACCUAAAGAAGACUUGCCUAGUGGUGAGUCAAAAUCCACUGAAGACCAACAGGCAGUAGCUUUGGAUGCUCCUGGGAAAUCUCACUUUAGCAAAGCCAUCUGAUAAUAUCAUCAAAGUAAUUCAACACAUUCUGAAUAGCUCUCAUCUCAUGUGAUGUCAUUAAAUGCAGAGUAAAAGUUAUCUUUGUUUAUUUUAAAUUAAUAAAUGCAGGCAGUAAGGCCUGCUGUUCUUU